UGAACGUCUGAUCAGCCCAUAGCCAGUGUUACCCUGAUCCAGUCUUGAAUAGUUCCUGGUUGGCAUGGCGUAGCUGGGAUAUUGCUCACAGCCAACGCCGAGCUGACACUCUCAACAUGUCAGGCUUAGGUUACAAUCAAUAGUUAAAGUAGGCCAGUUACACGCAGUGCAUACUGUCCUGGUGAUAACAGCGAGCAUUACCUGGAGUCAUUUAGCAAAGGUUAUAUCUGGUUUUGGUGCUGAGGAACAGGGCUGAGAUGAACACGUUUCAUCAUCUCACAAUAUAAAUGGCCUCAGAAUGACAUCUGAGUGUGUCCUUUGCGCAAGUUACUCUUCAUCAAAAGAGCUUCGUUUGAAGGAAAAGCUUCGUUUGACCAUCGACAUACCUCUUGAGCUAGUGAGCAAGCGUAAGCAGGGAAGAGAUAGAAAGACGUUCAAAUGUGACAGAAGUGACGUCACGUGUAAGUUUUUGAAACAGGUGUCAGCUCUUCGUAAUUCUGGUGGUGGAGCGUUGUUUGUCCAUAUUGAAGGCCUUGAUUCCGGUGACAGGAACCUGCACUACUUCCACGAACUGUUUGACAAACCUCUUAAUGAUCUCGUGGAUGAAGGAGACCUGUUCAUCGAUACAUUUACAUUUCUCUGGCUGAAGGACUUAGAAACGGUUGGGGAAAAGUCACAUGAAUUCCUCAUCAUAGUGGUACGGGCAUCGUCCAGACUCUCUACACCAGAUUUCAAGACUAAAGUUUCAACAGAUCAUGAAAUAACACAACCGUCUGGAAGAACGCUGUAUGAACUCCUUCUGAAGACGAGGGACAUCGGUAAAAAGGACACUGUUCACAAGAUAGACCUUCUGACUGGUGAGGGUCGAUCUGUCCAGGUCAAAUACGUAAAGAGUGAAUUCGAGAAAAUAGAUAAAAACAACUUCAAAGACUUCGUAACUUACAUAUGGGGCGGUCUACGGUUAAUGGAGUACGUCACUGCAUUGUCUAAAAAUCUAAAUGGCGGGUCGUACUUCGUUGGCAUUGAAGAAAGUGAUAGACCCUUCCCAAACUACGUGAGUAAAGCUGUUCAAAAGACAGGUAUCCAAAUCCUGUCUGGGUGCAAACCGCUUAUCCAACGUGAACUGGAUGCAAAAGUAACUGACUGCAUUAAACUUGAUCCAGACACGGACACACCGUUGAUUAAAUGUAACUUUCACAGACUACUUGAUGACAACAUGUACGUUAUUGAAGUGGCUGUGAAACCAAUCUCUGGAUGUGUAUUUUAUGACAGAAACGGACCAGAGGCGUAUGAACUGAAAAAUCAAAGUGUUGAAAGAAUACCAUUCCCUGUGUGGCGUACGAAGUUUAUGAACAUACAGAAAGCAUCUUCUCGUGACACUCCGUCUUCAAACUGUUGAAAGAAUACCAUUUCCUGUGUGGCGUACGAAGUUUUUGGGCAUACAGUAGGCAUCUUUUCUUGACACCCCGUCUUCCAACUCGAAGUGAGUUCUUCAAACAGUGUCAGCACUUGGUAAUUCUGGUGUGGACCAUUGUUUGUCCAUAUCAGAGGCCUUGAUUCCGGUGACAGUGACCUGCACUACUUCCAUGAACUGUUUGACAAACCUCUUAAUGAUCACGUGGAUGAAGGAGACCUGUUCAUUGAUACAUUUACAUAUCGUUGGCAAAAAUACUUAGAAACGGUUAGGGAUAAAUCACAUGAAUUUCUCAUCAUAGUGGUACGUGCAUCGUCAAGAAUACCAUUUCCUAUGUGACAUUCAAAGUUUGUGAACAGACUGUCUACUGUUGUUAUUCCGUCCUCCAACUCAAAGUAAAAGGUGAUAUCUCACUUUCUGAGACCGGUCACUAUAUUAACGAUCCUCUCGGAUUACAUCCAGUCACGGGUGCAGCUGACGCCAAUCUGAUGUGACAAUGAUCGGCUUUGUGCUCCCUUUUCUUUUCUACCUCCUGUUGGAGUGGAUUCAGAGGAGAAAACGUGCUCAACAGAGACGGGAGAUACACGAGGUGACCAAUCUUCCAAGUUCCUUUCCCUUUCCCCCUAAACUGAAACAGAUUGGAUUUGCGUUUGAAGAACUUGAAGCACAAAUUAUUCAGAAAGAUCGCAUCGUGGUCCUUCCAGAUAAUGAAACAAUUACGUCUGGCAUCAAACAAUGUUUGUACAAAAGGAUAGAAGUUGUGUCAAAGGAGGGCAUUGUUUUGGUCAGCAAGUCCUUGGCAGCUAUGAUGGACGUCGACAGACCUUCCUGUCCACAUCCAGAUGGCAUCUUGUGGGAUGUGUUUAUAGUUACCACUGGGAGACCACCCAUUAUCCUAUGCUUGGUAAAUAAGCCGAGCGCAGUUUCUUAUAAGGACAUCAGCCGUUAUGCCUUGCAGCUAACACAAAAUGUUACUCACAAAAUUCGUCUAUUCACGGACGAACACGUGAGUGUUAUUGAUGGUGUCCUCGACAUUAACGCUCUGAAGAAUGAUCAACUAUUCCAGAAAGCGGUUGAGGAAAUUAUCAAAGAUGGUUCCAGGUAUUGCAAUCUGCAUUCUCUGGUUAUGGGUGAGAAGAAGUGUUUGAAACUGCAACGAGCAACACUUGUGUGUAUGGCAGUGACAGAGUUGGACGUCGGGCAGUUUCUUCAGGGAAAAAUCACAGACCGACAGACGGACAAAGAGCUUUGGAUUCUACCAAGAAGGCACUUCAACGAACUUAAUCGGUACUUAAACAAACACGAAUGUGUCACAACAGACCUUGAUGACAAUGACCGAAGGCUGCUUCUUGCCGAAAUUGCCAGACGGUGGGAAAAGAUUCAUCCAACCCUUCUCUGUGUUGAUAAGUCUUGGGCGGACUCCGAAAGCACCCAAACCGUUGCCUCACAAGUCAUCAACAACGAAGACAUUGAUGCUGUACAAUUAAAAGAAGGCAUUCGACAGGUGGUAGCUGAGAACAUUUCUGAAAGAAAUAUCAGACUUCUUGAGGCAAAGCUUAACACGAUCAAGAGGCACAUCGUAAUAAAUCCUUUACAAGUUCACCCCGAAGUCACCGUAUUCUAUAUGAGUGGGCAAGACUGGACACCUAACCUACUGGACAGGUUCAGCUCGAAAUUCUUAGACAUGACUUCAUAUCUCUCAAAAGAGAUCGAGAAAGUGUUACGCGGGGACAACAAACUGGGACAAGUAUACAAAGAAUGUAGGAUAGAGUAUUUCAGCAGAGGCAGUGUUCGUGCGCAUGUGAGGAUAUUUUUCGAUGACAUAAAUUGCAAGCCCUUAAGGAGAAGAGAAGCGAUCGAGAAUGCAUUCAAGGGGCCAAUCAAAUCAAAAUUCCAUCUCGUGGACAAGAGCCUGAAACGACAUCGCCAUUGCUAGUUCUACCCACGGAACCAAUGUUAGAUGUGGCGGACACAAAGAAUGUGAAUACUGAAGAUGGCCAACAGGAGAUUGUGCGAGCCUUUCACGAUGAACGAAUAAAAGACUGCUCAAAUCUACUGAAGACAAGGAUGGAGUUCCUGAAGGAGGUUGUACUGCCAAAUGAAACCUGGUUGAG